AUGUCACAAAACAACGAUAUGCCUGGCAGCCCUGAAUCUAAACGGCAUAAACCGAACACAGAUGUCGUCGAAGUUGACAAGACUGAGAACAAAAAAAUCCGCAAAACUGGAAAACGGUUUUUGCUGAAACACACUUUCAAAAAUAUUCUGGGUCUGGAAGUAGGCAAAAAUGUGUAUAGCAAAAAAGAAGAGCACUUUGGAGUUCAAUGGUAUUUUUGUAUUGAACACGCACCGGAAGAUUUUUUAAUCGUGCUAUACUGUUCAUGGCCUAAGAGUAUAGGAGAAUCGACGAUUAAAGAAUACUUUGAAUUCAAAUUUGGGGCUAAUACCGGAGACACAACGAGCAAAAAAUUUAUAGCCACAUUCAGAAAUAACAAUGGGAGUGAUAGUAAUGGAUUCCAAAUGAAAUGGUCCAAAUUGGAAUCGGAUUUCGUCGAGGAUGGCAAACUUAAAGUAGAGCUCAAUGCGGAAGUUCUCGAAUCAACUGGUCUCUUUGGUCCGAGACUAAGAAAUUUCGAUGAAACAACUAAAGAAGUGUCGGAUCUCAUUCUCGUUGUCAACGGAGAGAAGUUCUAUGUCUCAAAAUUUUACCUGUCCUCUCAAUCGGAUUAUUUCCGAGCGUUGUUUUUAAGAGGCUACUCCGAAUCGAGCAUGCCCGAGAUCAAAUUGGAAGGAAUCGAUGCUGACGAUUUCCAGCACUUCCUGGUACUUCUCUACGGAGAAAAAGUUCUUGAUGAGAUAACUGUCGAAGGGAUUCUUCUCAUUGCCGACAUGUACAACACUCCAGUUGCCAUCCGGCAAUGCGAAGAUUUUCUUCUGGAUGUGUCCAAGAAGACGCUGAAGAAAAAGUUUCAAAUGGCCAUCAGGUACAAUUUGGAAAAGUUGAAGACGAAAAUUCUCGCCGAUGUCAAAACAAUUUCUGAUAUCAGAGAAAUAGCCUGGGAAGAAGAGGUCGAUGAUUUGGAGCCGUCAAUCAUCUCGACACUUCUGAAAAAGGCGAUUUCCGAUAAACAAUCUUGUUCUUGUUCCCAUUCCCUGCAUUCUAUUGUGUAA